AUGUCGAAAGCUCGUGUUUACACCGACGUUAACGUGAUCCGACCCAAGGAGUAUUGGGAUUACGAAUCGCUCAAUGUUCAGUGGGGGGAGCAAGAUGAUUACGAGGUAGUCAGGAAGGUGGGGAGAGGAAAAUACAGUGAGGUUUUUGAGGGGAUAAACAUGAACAGCAACGAGAAGUGCAUAAUCAAGAUUCUCAAGCCUGUUAAGAAAAAGAAGAUUAGAAGAGAGAUUAAAAUACUUCAGAAUCUCUGUGGAGGGCCAAAUAUUGUCAAGCUGCUUGAUGUUGUCAGAGAUCAACACUCAAAAACACCAAGCUUAAUAUUUGAGUAUGUUAACAGCACAGACUUUAAGGUUCUGUAUCCGACAUUGACUGAUUAUGACAUCCGAUACUACAUCUAUGAGCUGUUGAAGGCGUUGGACUUCUGCCACUCACAAGGUAUAAUGCACAGAGAUGUCAAGCCACACAAUGUCAUGAUCGACCAUGAGCUGCGCAAACUUCGCCUUAUAGAUUGGGGUCUCGCUGAGUUUUAUCAUCCUGGAAAAGAGUAUAACGUCCGUGUGGCCUCAAGAUACUUCAAGGGACCCGAACUUCUAGUGGAUUUACAGGACUAUGACUAUUCCUUGGACAUGUGGAGCCUCGGUUGCAUGUUUGCUGGGAUGAUAUUCCGCAAGGAACCUUUCUUCUAUGGCCAUGACAACCAGGAUCAGCUUGUCAAAAUUGCCAAGGUCCUUGGAACAGAUGAAUUGAAUGCAUAUCUGAAUAAGUAUCAGUUAGAACUUGAUGCUCAACUAGAGGCACUUGUUGGGAGACAUAGCAGGAAGCCUUGGUCCAAAUUCAUCAACGCUGACAAUCGCCAUUUGGUCUCACCUGAGGCGAUUGAUUACCUGGACAAGCUACUCCGGUAUGAUCAUCAAGACAGAUUAACUGCAAAAGAAGCAAUGGCUCACCCGUAUUUCGCUCAAGUCAGGGCGGCAGAAAGCAGCAGAAUGAGAACUUAA